CAGUUACAGUCGCUGGACAUCCCCCAUCCGUUUAGAUGAGAUAAAAGAUAAUAUUGUGCAUCAGCCAACAAUGAAAUGUGUUUUGGACUUAUACAAGUAUAAAAAGAAGAAAUACUACUAAGUAGGUCAUUUUUGAACUGAUUAUGUGACUGGGCAGAAUUAAUAUUUUAAAAAAGUUUCUGGUCUGAGUGAAAUACAAAAAAUCAGCUCAAUCACUGACUUGGAAACGGAUGCAGGUCUUAGGUGUGUAACUGGAGGGAGGUGUGACCCCAGCUCCCGGAAGCGCCUGUUGGGUUCUCGCCGACCUGCGGCUCGGUUCGGCAGCGCUUCUUGGAUCGCUGCGCGCGGCGCGUCUUUGAACUAAGGCAAGUGGCGCCGUUGUGUGGCACGACGCGAAAUUACACAAGUCGGUUUGACGAAUUAUUCAUCAUCCAAACCACCCCACGGUGAAAAAUAACAUAAAAGUGACUUCGAUGACGCAGGAUGAAGAAAGUGAUGGGAUACGUUUGGAUAACCGACAUAAAUGAACCGUUUUUUGUGUUUUGUUUUGUCUGUUUAUGUCUCACUGUCUUUCCAGCGCAUUCACUUUGACUCUCUAAGUGACCGAAAGCACGCGAUGCAUUUAAUGCAAACUGGCGCAUUUGACAUAAGGACGAGGUCAAACACCCGAGCGCAGCGAAGCAGCACUGCCUUGAGUUCAUCCAUCCCAUUUCCUGCACGCAGCAGUUCCUGAGGGAGGGCCGUGGCGGCAGCCAUGGGAAAGUUCUCCCCACUUUUUCCGAUUACAUCGAUUCCUUUUUAAAGACGGCAAAAACACGAACUCGGUCAGUCUGGACCUGCGGCGCGAGGAGCGAAGAGCGGCUUGAAUAACAACGGUGGAUCAUUCAGGAGACGAGUCCAACUUCAGACAGAGCAAGUGGAUUUUUGUGCAUGGGGCCCUUGCUCUUCACAUGUGGAUUAGCUGCAGCUCAGCCAACAACGGUCUGAGCUCAUGGAAGAACUAAGAGGCUGCUGCCGCCAGAUCUUUCGGCGAAAGCGCUAAACAGGAGCGGAGGAUGUCCAGAGCUGACUGGUCCUUCCUGGAGCACCUGCUGGAGGAGGGCCAGGAGUAUUCCACCGGCGUCGGCCGCAUCUGGCUCACCGUCCUCUUCCUGUUCCGCAUGCUGGUACUGGGCACCGCCGCCGAGUCGGCCUGGGACGACGAGCAGGCCGACUUUGUGUGCAACACCAAGCAGCCCGGCUGCACCUCCGUGUGCUACGACAAAGCCUUCCCCAUCUCCCACUUCCGCUACUUCGUCCUCCAGGUCAUCUUCGUCUCCACCCCGACCAUCUUCUACUUUGGAUACGUGGCUGUAAAGUUCGGGAAGGACCCGCAGGGGGGGGGGGUGACGGAUGAGAAGCAGGCAGACGAAGGAGGAGGGGGCAAAAAGGGUGAAACUGUGCCGAACAGAGACAAGCACAGUGUGACUGAUGAUGAGAAGGAGAAAGAAGGGGUUGGAGGGAAACGUAUAAACGCUGACAAGUCUCCUGAUUCGCCCAAACUCAAAGGCAGCUUGUUGUGCGCAUACGCUUUCAGCAUCCUGUUAAAGGUCCUCCUAGAGGUCGGCUUCAUCGCCGGGCUGUGGUUCCUCUACGGCGGCUUCUUCGUACUAGCCAAGUUCGAAUGCCAGCGCGCCCCGUGCCCCCACACCGUGGACUGCUUCGUGUCCCGGCCCACGGAGAAGACCAUCUUCACCAUCUACACGCAGGCCAUCGCCGCCGUCUCGGUGCUCCUCAACCUCGUCGAGCUCCUCCACCUGCUGCAGCUGGCCGUCUCCCGCCGCCUGGAGAAGCGCUACCGGCUCGAGGGCCGGGCCCGUCCGCCUCGCGCCCGGCUGGUACCGGGAGGAGGAGGAGGCGGCGAGCUGGAGCUCCGGUCGGGGCCGUCGCAGCCGUGCGCGGCCGGCAGCCGCGUUCACCUGCCCAUGGAGGACGGGGCCGAGUGCUACCCCAACCCCUGUGAGAGCUACCGGGACCUCACCAUAGAGGUGAACUGGGCGCCCGCGGAGCCCGGGGCCGACCUGCUUCCUAGUUAUAUGAACUGCAUGGAGGCCAUGAGGACGUCACACUCCCCCAGAGUCCAUUAUAAAAGACAUGCGCAUCACACUGGGAAACACUCGAAGAGUUCUCAUAAGGGACACUCGAAGCUGAAACAUUAUGUAUGACAACUCCAGAUGGUUGAUUUGCUGUUUUUUUACUUCAGACAUUCUUCUCAGGCACUUGAGCGUCAGGAGCGUGUGGCGAGAGCUCCACAAACUACUGCACUGUGAAGUUUGUGUUUGAAUGAAGGCAGAAAAUGGUCAAAUACUAAAUGGACCUAUUCAAAACAAAGCAUUUUAAGAACACCGCCCCCAGAAGGAGGCUCCUCCAUAUAAAAGUAAAAGAUUGCGCUCAUGAGGUGCCUGGAUGUGGCUUCAAUCAUUUUUAUUCCCAGAUGUGACACUAGUCAAAAGCUCAACAAAGAACAUGGAAGUAUGUGUCUAUGGACGGUCUAGGGACGGUGCGGUUCUGAGUCGGAAGAACCGUGACCCCCUCGAGUUGUCCGAAGGCCCCCCCUCCUCCGUGACGCUCUGUGGAAUUCUCUGCUCUCUGGAUCCCAUUCGGCUUCAAACUCCCAAGAGGACGGCAGUUGCGUGAACGCAAGCACACACACACACACACACACACACACACACACACACACACACACACACGAGACGCUUCUCCCCUUUAGCCCAGUAAGUCGCGGCCGCUGGGGUUGCGGAUGUCGAACUGGGAACGUGGGAAUUCUGUAACUGCACGUGACUCAUUGCCACUAACCAUGGGACCCAGCCACCAAGACACAGGGGGAGAGAGAGAGAGAGAGAGAGAGAUCACUGCAUGAUUCAUUAUAAACGCUGAAUAAUGCAGCAGAGACAAGCAUCCAGUUUGAGAAUCAAAACAUCUUGGGACUGUGGAACUCCAAAGUGCAUUAGUGAUUGCACCUUACGUGAACUGAAAGCGGUACGGAGACGUGCAAAAAGGCCAUGAAAGGAAAGGACUAAUCAUGUGAUGACUUUAAUUUAAUGCAGAAAGUGUUGUAUUUAUUAUAUUGAAGAAAAUAAAGCUACCAAAACGUAACACUGUCAAUGAA